GGUGCAAUGAGCUCGGGUCUGAAUCCAAGCACUUCUACUACUACCGGACAGCGUCGAGCACUGACGCCAGUACGAGAAGUCGGUUUUACUGACAAGCACAGAAUGCUUAACCUUCAUCGCGGGACAAGCGGCAGUGCAAGCGGAAAGCGACGCCGUGACAAUCAGUCAAGCAUCGUGGUCGACUACUUCUACGCCAUGCAACACUCUGACGAAUCCAUAUGUUCGAUGACUGAUGGUCCAACUGGUUGCGACGAAGAGAGAAAAAGGUGUUUUGUGUUGAGUCCCAUCGGUCCAGAGGGUUCCGAAGUAAGGCAGCAUGCCGAUGAUGUGUUGUCGUUUAUCAUACAACCUGCUUUGCAUUCGCGGGCAAUCGAAUGUGUUCGGUCGGAUAUGCGAUCUGAUGUUGGAGCGAUCACUGAUUCUGUAUAUGAAGCUGUAUUCAACUGGGAUCUUUGUGUGGCCGUAUUGACUUAUCUUAACCCUAAUGUAUUCUAUGAAUUGGCUUUGAGACAAUGCGUUGGAUUGCCAGUUAUUUGUAUGAUUGAGAAAGGACACAGAGUGCCCUUCGAUGUUGCUGAUCAAAGAUUGAUUGAAUAUACUCUCAAUCCAACUCCUUUGUUUGAAGGAGUUUACGCUGAACAGCUUGCAGCUGCUGUUGAUACUCUAAUUACACAAGACUGGAAAUCAGACUAUGCGUUUGCAAAAUUUCAACCUCGAAUUUGUUCUGCUCCAAUGUACUUUGCAAGACUUCAUGAUCUUCAGUCUCGUGGGGGAGCAUCAUGGAGCGAGAUGAUCCGACAUGCAGGUUCUCAAGUUGAUAUAAUGGGGAUGACUUUGAAGGGAUGGAAGAAAUACGAAGAUGACAUCAAAACAGCAGCGGCAGGACAGUGUGAUAUCCGAAUCAUAAUGAUGGACAAAGAUAACCCUGGACUGCCAAACAUGGUCAGUAUUGGUGGAAAGCAAUUGGAGGCAUUGAGAUUGGUGUUGGAUCACAUGUCUCAGUUCUACUCUGUCUUAGCGAAAAGUUCUCCGUAUAUCACUCUUCGCAUGGUGAAGAAGGGAGGCAUCUUUUUCAGUUGCGUUCGAAGUGACAAAGAGAUGAUAUAUCAGCCCCACUUCUUUGAUCAAGCCAAUGAGGACACCCCAGUAUGGCAUUGUGAGCGAUCAUCUACUCUGUACCAGGUAGCCAAGAAUGACUUCCAGAUUCUGUGGGACCGAAAUGAAGAGGACACAAUCAAAUGUGAUGAGUUACCUGAUUCAUCAGAAGACGAACUGAAAUGAUCCAAACAUCAAUGUACAUAAAAAUGUGUUUUCAUGCAUUCUAGCUGAACUGAAUAGCAGUUUUUUAUACAGCUAUUGGUGUGCUUGCCUUUGCCCAACUUGAUCAUUUGAUUCAAGGUUUUUUAUAUACCAUUGCCGCAGAAAUACAAACUUGUCUUCUUGUGUUUCUUCCAUUGUGA